AACAUACUCGAGAUAGGAUUAUUCUUUGAUACGCGUCUACGCAAGAGCCAUGUUACGUGAGCUCGGCGCUUCACGCAACUUCGAACACAGAUUUAACCGCUAAACGAGGGGCCACGGAAAUCGUAAUCUCCUCAAGUUUUAGGCGUCAAUUAUGGCAAAUCUGGCCGCGUUGCGUGGCCUUUAUGAAUCAACGUAUUCAUGUAUGAAAUACCAAUGCAUCAACUGUUUCUUUGCGACAAAUCAACAACGAUACUCGACUCGAUCAUUUCCAUUAAAUCAAUCGGGUGAAGAAACUAUGCGCUUGGUACGAUUGUUGUCAGGAUAUGAUAUGCCCACUGUAGGCUUGGGUACAUGGCAGGCUAAAUCUGAAGAAAUCGAAACUGUUGUGACGACCGCUUUAGAUAUUGGUUACAGGCAUAUAGAUACUGCAUUUAAUUAUAAUAAUGAAGAAGCGAUCGGGGCUGUUUUAAAGAAAUGGUUUGCGAAAGGUGGAAAACGCGAAGAUCUUUUUAUUACUACAAAGUUGCCUCAUUAUGGUAAUCGACCAUCAGACGUAGAAAAGUAUAUCAAGUUAUCAUUAGAUAAACUUGGUUUGGAUUAUCUGGAUAUGUACUUAAUUCAUAUGCCUUUUGCUUUUAAAUUCAACGAAAGUACUUGUGCUCCAGCAACUCACGAAGAUGGAAGUUAUGUGUUAGAUCUUGAUACAGACCCUGUUUCAGUGUGGAAGGAAAUGGAAGAACAAGUAAGGAAAGGUCGUACAAAAUCUAUAGGUUUAAGUAACUUUAAUGAAGAGCAAGUACUAAGUAUAUGGGAAAAUGCACAAAUUAAGCCAUCUAACUUACAAGUAGAGUUACAUGCUUAUCUGCAACAAAAUUCACUUCGACAAUUAUGUAAGAUGCACAAUAUCAUUAUAACAGCCUACAGCCCCCUUGCAUCGCCAGGAGCUAAAGUGCAUUUUCAAACAAAAUAUAACGUUAACGUUGAAGAGUUUCCAGAUCUUUUAGGGCAUCCAAUAGUACAGCAAAUAAGCACAAAGUACAAAAAGUCCGCGGCACAAAUUUUAUUGCGGUACUUGCUGGAAUUAGGUGUUGUUGUAAUUCCAAAAAGCACAUCGCCAGAAAGGAUUAAGGCAAAUAUUGAAAUAUUUGAUUUUGCAUUAAAAGAAGAAGACAUGAAACUUUUGAGUACUCUAGAUAAGGGUGUACAUGGAAGGAUCUUUAACUUCCUGUUUUUUAAAGGAGUCGAAAAUCAUCCGCAUUAUCCAUUUAAGAAUGAAUUAGUAUCGUAACUGAAAACGUCAUUGAUGUGUAGUUUGUGUUCUUCUAUAUUUAUACGUUGGAAAUUAACGACAUACAGUACAAAACGAAUAAAAAUACCUAAAUGCACAAUAUCAUUAUAAUAAAAUGAAGAGAGUAUA